CUCCGCAUUGCGUAGCCCGGGCGGCGCGGUUGCUGGUGUGUGCAGGAGUCGAAGUGAAUGGUUCUGCAGAAUCAAGAGACUGCAGAUGCUACAGUCGUGAGCAAAAACAAGCUGCUGGAUGAACUCGGUAUUUGUGAAGAUGGCCACUCUAACACGACAGGACCUCAAUUUUGGACAAGUGGUUGCAGACGUACUCUGUGAGUUUCUAGAAGUGGCCAUUCAUUUGAUUUUGUACGUGAGGGAGGUGUACCCAAUUGGAAUCUUUCAGAAGAGGAAGAAGUACAAUGUACCUGUUCAGAUGUCGUGUCACCCGGAGCUUAAUCAGUACAUCCAGGACACGCUGCACUGUAUCAAGCCUUUGAUCGAGAAGAAUGAGGUGGAUCGGGUAGUGGUGGUGAUCCUGGAUAAAGAACAUCAUCCUGUGGAGCGCUUUGUCUUUGAGAUAUCGCAGCCCCCUUUGCUGUCCGUCAGUUCUGACUCGCUGCUGUCCCGCGUUGAGCAACUCCUUCGAGCUUCGAUUCUGAAGAUUAGUGUCUGUGAUGCAAUUCUGGACACCAACCCUCCAGGCUGUACCUUCACCGUGUUGGUUCACACUAGAGAUGUUGCCACUCGAAACAUGGAGAAGAUUCAGGUGAUAAAGGACUUCCCUUGGAUUCAUGCAGAUGAACAAGAAGUGAAUAUGCGGGAGCCAAGGCUAAUCCCGCUGAAAACCAUGACAUCAGAUAUCUUGAAGAUGCAAUUGUAUGUUGAAGAAAGAGCUCAGAAAAUAUCCUGACUAAAUGCUUAUAAGACCAAGUUGAAUAGACAUCCAAAGGCACUGGAUGUGCUUCAUCAAUGAACUGUUUUGUCGCACAGGAAAGAACUUUGAAAAUGUAUGAAAUGUGAAGCAUUAUGUGGAACCAUGUCAUGAAUUGGAAUCUGUGGUUGAGUUUUAACAUUAUUUUGUUGUAAUAAUAGCUUGUUGUUUGACCAUGAA